UCUUCUGAGAUGCAAUGAAGUAGCCCAGGAAACAACCCUGGAAGGGUGGAAGCAUGCAUGAAUUCCUGGACCAGUUUGACAACUUAGAAAAACACACGCAAUGGGGUAUUGAUGUUCUGGAAAAAUACAUCAAGUUUGUAAAAGAAAGAACAGAGAUUGAACUCAGCUAUGCAAAGCAGCUUAGGAAUCUUUCAAAGAAAUACCAACCCAAAAAGAACUCCAAAGAAGAGGAAGAAUACAGGUACACAUCAACUAGAGCCUUCCUAGCCACUUUAAAUGAAAUGAAUGACUAUGCCGGACAGCAUGAGGUCAUUUCAGAGAACAUGACCUCUCUUAUCACUGGAGAGUUAACACGCUAUGUGCAGGAGCUGAAACAAGAGAGGAAAUCGCACUUCCAUGAUGGCAGAAAGGCACAACAACAUAUUGAAACUUGCUGGAAACAACUUGAAGCAAGUAAAAGGCGGUUUGAACGUGAUUGCAAAGAAGCUGAUCGAGCACAGCAGUAUUUUGAGAAAAUGGAUGCUGACAUCAAUGUUACAAAAGCAGAUGUUGAAAAGGCAAGACAGCAAGCCCAGCUGCGACAUCAAAUGGCAGAAGACAGCAAAGCAGAAUAUUCUUCCACUCUACAAAAGUUCAACAGUGAGCAACAUGAUCAUUACUACACACACGUACCAAACAUCUUCCAGAAAAUACAAGAGAUGGAGGAAAGAAGAAUCGUGAGGAUAGGUGAAUCCAUGAAGACUUUCGCAGAGGUCGACCGCCAAGUGAUCCCUAUCAUUGGAAAGUGUCUGGAUGAAAUAACAAAGGCUGCAGAAUCAAUUGAUCACAAGAAUGAUUCACAGCUGGUAAUAGAAGCCUUUAAAUCAGGGUUCGAGCCUCCGGGAGAUAUCGACUUUGAGGACUACACGCAGCCAAUGAAGCGGACUGUCUCAGAAUCCAGCCUUUCCAACUCCAGAGGGGAUGGGAAAUCUGAGCCAAAGUUUGGUGGCAAAUCCAAGGGCAAGUUGUGGCCAUUCAUCAAGAAAAAUAAGCUUAUGUCCCUUUUAACAUCCCCCCAUCAGCCCCCUCCUCCUCCCCCUGCCUCUGCCUCACCCUCUGCUGUUCCCAACGGCCCCCAGUCUCCCAAGCAGCAAAAGGAACCCCUCUCCCAUCGCUUCAACGAGUUCAUGACCUCCAAACCCAAAAUCCACUGCUUCAGGAGCCUAAAGCGCGGGCAGACACAGUCUUUGUAUAUUCACAAAGAACUCAUGAAGAGGACUUUAGGGACACCCACGUGUGCCAUUGAGGCUAGGGAAUAUGUUCUUUCUCUCAAGCUGGGAGCAGGGCCAGAGGACUUCAGCAAUCUCCCACCUGAGCAAAGAAGAAAGAAACUUCAGCAAAAAGUUGAUGAACUAAACAAAGACAUUCAGAAGGAAAUGGAUCAAAGAGAUGCCUUAACGAAAAUGAAAGAUGUGUAUAUCAAGAACCCACAGAUGGGAGACGCAGCGAGUGUGGACCACAGAUUAGCAGAACUUGCACAGAACAUUGAAAAGUUACGAUUAGAAGUUCAGAAAUUUGAGGGCUGGCUGGCUGAGGUGGAGGGCAGGUUACCCAUGCGGACUGAACAGGCCCGGCGGCAGAGCGGACUGUAUGAAGCCCAGAACACUUCAGCAGUGAACAGCUGUGCGCAGGACCGGGAGAGCCCAGAUGGCAGUUACACAGAAGAGCAAAGUCAGGAGACUGAGAUGAAAGUACCGGCAACGGAUUUUGACGAUGAAUUUGAUGAUGAAGAACCACUACCCACCAUAGGAACAUGUAAAGCGCUCUAUACAUUUGAAGGUCAGAAUGAAGGAACAAUUUCUGUAGCAGAAGGAGAAAUGCUCUAUGUAAUAGAAGAAGACAAAGGCGAUGGGUGGACACGAAUCCGAAGGAACGAAGAUGAGGAGGGCUAUGUCCCUACGUCGUAUGUUGAAGUCUAUUUGGACAAAAAUGCCAAAGAUUCCUAAAGGUGUUUGUGCUGGUGCAAGAACCUCGGGGCGAGCUUGUCACAGAAGGAGAAACAAAAUGGUCUGUUUACCCUGCAGGCAGUUAAAACACGCCCAUGGAAAGCCAGACUCCCAGUCUUGUCUGGAGUUCCCACUUGAAAAAUUCAGACCUAAAUUCCAUCCCAGUACCAUUCCGAUGCUUGCUCUUUUUCAUGGCAUGCUACUUGUGGCUCAGAUCAACUUACCAGCCUUUCCCACUCUUCUGCCAGCUUGGCACAGCCCCUCCGUAAAACAUAACCAACGCUUUCCCCCCACCCAACCUCCCAACACCGGUCAAAGAACUGCUGGCUGCCCUUUGAUGCCGAGGGUAACCAGAGAGUCCCAAGCAUGUACUGAUCUAUCUUCUAUCCUCCCUUGUCCCUCAGUCCAUCUGAACGUGUGCACUGGUCCGUCAGCAUUUCACGUGGUGCCUUUAGUGCUAACCCUGCAGGUAGUCUCAUCAAAUGGCUUGGAAAGGAGGUGCGUUCACGUGGAGAGCCUCCCCUGGGAACAGUGUUACAGCAGCUGGACUGGGCUCUGAAUUUGCGGUAUUAAAUUUGAUCCUUAGGCAUUAGUCAAUAUUCUGCUUUCCCCAAAAGGUCACUAAUACUUGUCAGCCUUUAUUUUUUUUUUUAAAUCUAGGCUGAUGCUCACUCCAAGUAUUAAAUCCCUAUGACCUUGCUGUUUCCCGAAAGCCUUCAAGCUCACGUAUGUACGCUUGUUUUCCUGCUUGUUCUCUCUGCCCCCUCCUCUUUAUUCCCCCCCCCUCUUUCUCUCUCACCACACACACACAGACACACACAGACAGACACUGGCGUUUUGGUUUGAAGCCCCAUUUUGCUUGUCACAAAGGCCUCCGUUUUGCUCUCGUUUCAGUCUGCAUGCUCGCCCUGUUGCCUUGCCUGCGCCCACCUUCCCGAGGGUCACGUUAUUUUGUGGCUCGUUGUUAAUCUCUCUGCAGUUUUCUUUUGUUGGUUUGUUUUUCAGCAUUUCAGACCUGCCUUCUCCUUUUGCAUGACAUCUUGUGCAUUCUCAUCAGUUAAUGUUUGAAUAACAGAAUUUUUUUAGAAAAAUAAAAGAGAAAAGAAAAAAAGAAACCGCGCUCUAUUUCGUUGUCCCACCUUGUCAUGGACUGGACCUCGACCCAGAAGCCAGACAGGAAUAUUGUGACUUCUUCAUCAGCCAUCCUGUUCUCACAUGGUUUUAUUUGAAGCAGAAGUAGCAUGAUAAGUGAUGCUGCACUUUAUCGUGUCAUGCAGUGGAGAGAGAGCUAUAGUAUCUCCAAAUAUCACAUGAUCUGGACCUCAGCUGCCUAAGAAAGGCUCAAUUGCUUUCUAAACUUCUACAUUCUAACUGUUGGUUUCCCCUCAAUCUUCACCAUUGCUAGGAUUUUACAGUCAUCCUGUACACCUUUGAGCCCCGUAAGAAUCAGUUGCUACUUAAUAGCUCCUGAGGGCCUAAUUUAUUCAUAGAUCAACACAUCAUUUGGGGUUAUCUACUUGCUCUUAGGGAACUUUGUCUUUUGUAAAAUCUCCAGAAUUUGAGAAAAUUGAUAUGGAAGCCACUACGGGCAGUGACCCUAAAAUGAAACCUCUCGGGUUUAGUUUGCAGACAAACACGUGUGUGUUGUUCUGCUGCCUGCUGCGUUUUUAUGCGGGGUCAGCAUAUAGAAAUGUGUCCAAGAAUCAAGCACUCUCCAUGUUGGGGACUGCCUAGGCCGUCCCCACUCAGGAUGAAGUAAUUGUUGAGUUGGGUUACGUGUCGUGUUCAUAACUCGGUCCCUUUCUCUCCAUUCGAGAUACCAACUUUUAUUUUUAAUAGCACAAAGUCCCUCAGUCCUACAGCUGUAGCUGUUGUAUUACGGUGCUUAAUAUCUGCAAGCAUCAACCAGCAAAGGGUUAUGGUUUUUAAUCCAAUUCAAGUGGCUCAGGAGCCCGCACUGAGAAGCGGGUGAUACCAACACUGAGGCCGUUCAGCUACAGUGUCAGCGGCGUCGGAAGGGUCAUAAUCAAUUAAAUUACCAUCCUUAUCGUUGCUGCUACUGUGGUCGCUUAAACUGCUUAGAUCCAUGAGCCUCCGAUGGCAGAAUGUGAUCCACACGGUUGGCACUUGCGGCUUUGUACAAAGAUCUGUGCAAAGGCUUUGUCGCGUCCAUCUGUCGGGAUCUAAAUGGUUAAGCAGUUAACAGGUGUGCAAAAAUAUCUUUAAAAUAUUUUUAGCUGCAGUAUUUUUAUUCUCGUGUCCAAUGCACUGUUGAAUCAGCAGCGAGAAGAAUUCAUUUUCACCUAUUGUUGUGCCAUCUAUGUAAAAAUUAGAUAAAAGUUUGCUUUUAUAUAUUUAAUCUAGGUGGACAGUAUAUUAUUGUCAGCCUCUGUGGAACAUUUGAACAGUUGCAAUGUCUGUGUUGCUAAAUAGCGCUUUAGAAGGAGCAUUAGCUUUAGCUGACUGAUGUUCUUCAAAAGUUUUAUUAGGAGACCAUGUAUGGAGUUUUUAUAAACUUGGCAACUAGUUCCCGAAAGCCCGGAUCUUAAAACUUACUGCAAGAAAAAAAUAGUGACAGUCGUGUAUUGUAGCCUACACGUCUUCAUUCCGCUGCCUUUCUUCAGGGUAACGAAUGAGUAAUUUUUGUAGAAUUUACCUUUUGCAAAAUCUGAAGGACUAAAUAUGCGACUGGUUUAUAAAAACUCUGCUUGAAUUUACUAAUCUCGCCCAGAAGCGUGGACUGUACAUCCUACGAAAUCUCAUUACCCCCGGCAAAAGUCUCUAAUGCCCUUUCUUAACACCUGUAAAUAGAGAAGAAACAUAUUUACUGAUACUGAAAGUUGUGUUUAAUGCUGAGUAUUUUUCAGAAGUUCAUUUAGUUUGAUGCAUAUUGUUCUUUGGUUUUUGUUUUCCUGCCUGAAGUGUCAAAAGACCUAAAAAGCCAAAUUCUAUUUUAACAUGAUGAAGUCGAGCACUUUUUUUAUUUGUAUAUGUGUGUGUAUGUGUGUUUGAGCACUGAUCUCUAGAGUUUGGUGGCAUCUCAGUGUUGUGAUUUCAUUGCCAAUGUAAAAGGUUCUGGUAUUGCCCAUUCAUUUCUGGAGACAGAAUUCAACCAAAUAAAGUGCUUCCAUUUGAAAGCG